CUGCAAUGAGUAAACGUAAGUCAAAGGAGAGCAGCGGAGCAGAUGGAGAAUGCAUUUCACAGGUGCAAAAAUUUUUACGUGAAAGAUUCUGUCACCGUUAUGCUACUGGAAAACUGUUCGGGAUUGAACGUCAGUACAAACAUCUGCUGGAACUGCUGAAACGAACUACAGUUCACGGAGAAAGCAAUUCUGCCCUCAUUAUUGGACCCCGAGGAUCAGGAAAGACUGCGUUAUUAAAUCAUGUCUUGAAAGAGCUCACGGAAAUGAAACAAGUUCGAGAGAACCUCUUGGAAGUUCAUCUUAAUGGGCUUCUGCAGACUAAUGAUAAGGUGGCCCUGAAAGAGAUCACCAGACAGUUGCACCUGGAAAAUGUGGUUGGGGAUAAAGUUUUUGGCAGUUUUGCUGAAAAUCUGGUGUUCCUACUUGAGGCUUUAAGGAAAGGAGAUCGAACUAGCAGUUGUCCAGUCUUGUUUAUACUGGAUGAAUUUGACUUGUUUGUUCAUCACAAGAAUCAGACGUUGCUGUAUAACCUCUUUGACAUAUCCCAGUCAGCACAGACUCCGGUAACAGUUAUUGGACUUACAUGUAGACAGGAUAUCCUGGAGCUCUUAGAGAAGAGAGUAAAAUCAAGGUUCUCUCACCGACAGAUAUAUUUGAUGAAUUCCUUUGAUUUUAAACAAUACAUUAGGAUAUUCAAGGAACAGCUGUCUCUUCCUUCUGAAUUUCCUGAUGAGUCUUUUGCACAAAAAUGGAAUAGUAAUGUUCAGCAUCUCUCAGAGGAUAAAACUGUGAAAGACACGCUGCAGAACCUUUUUCACUACACCAAAGAUCUGCGCUCACUUCAUUUGCUGUUGAUGCUUGCUGUAAGUAACGUUACUGUGCGUCACCCGCUUAUCACUGCAUCAGAUCUUCAUGAAGCAAGCAAGCAGAUCAGAAUGGACUCAAAAGCAAAUAUUGUACAUGGUUUGUCUGUCCUGGAAAUCUGCCUAGUUAUAGCUAUGAAACACUUAAAUGAUGUCUAUGAAGGAGAACCAUUUAACUUCCAGAUGGUUUACAAUGAAUUCCAGAAGUUCAUACAAAGGAAGGCGCAUUGUAUGUACAACUUUGAAAAACCAGUUGUCAUGAAGGCAUUUGAACAUUUACUACAACUGGAGUUAGUAAAACCCAUAGAGAGACCGUCUGUACGUGUGCAGAGAGAGUACCUCUUAAUGAGACUGCUGUUGGACAAUAACCAAAUCAUGGAUGCUUUGCAGGCGUAUCCCAACUGCCCGACAGACAUCAAGCAGUGGGCAGCAUCCUCACUCAGCUGGUUGUGAACUUUUUGGAACUUGCAGUAUCUCUUCCUACAUCACAAAGUUUGGAGUUAACUGUAAGUUUUAGGAGAUGUAAUGUUUGCCUACAGCAGGGUUCAAAUUAAUAAAUUUUUGAAAGAAGG